AUGAUUUCAUACAGUGAGUUACAUAAAUUUGGCUGUGAUGUAAUUGGACACAAACUUAUCAUUUGGAAUCAUCACAAGAAGAAUCCUCCAGCCGUCCAAAAUGCUAUCAAGAAAUUAACUUCUCAAAAAUUCUUUGUUAUUUCAUACUGGUUGAAUAUUGUCUUCGCUGUAAUUGGAAUUGGAGAAGCAUUGAAAGAGCUUUACAGAAUUUUAAGCACACCUAAUUAUCAGUCAAAAAUAUUUGGAAGCCGAGAAAUUAAUUGCGUUUCAUUGAAGAAUCAAAGACUCUUAAGAAUCGUUGGAUUGCUUUCAAACAUUGCUUUGCUUCUGAUGACUUGUGUUGGAUUAAAUUCUUAUAAAAAAAGUCUUACUCCGAAGCUUAGUAGAGGUUUUAUCUCCGUUAUGAAAUAA